UAUAUAUAUGAUAUAUCUACGUAAUGUACAUCUCAUAUAUUAAGAGGUGCAGGCCAGAGGGACUCUUCCCAACCGAGAGGAAACCCUAGAUUUCCACCCGAAUCAAUCUACCCAUACCCAACCGAUAACCGAUAAUCAAUUCGGCUACCGGGUCUCAGAUUUGUCAUUGUAUACUUUGAGAUUUGAGAUGCAGUUUACCAGCUUCAGGUUUCUAUGUGAAGAUGCAUAGAUCGGAUUUAGUUUCAUAGUCUUUCAUUCUUGUAAUUCUCAUUUACAUAAUAAUGAUGAAUGAGUUAUAGACUUUUUAAUUUAAUUUAAUUUAAUUUAAUUUAAUUUAUUGUGGUUUUUUUUGUAACCCUGUAAUUGAUGUACCAUAGAGCGGAUUAGGGUUUGUUUGAGUGGUGAGAAUAAUUGAUGGAGAUGGAGAAUUCUCGUAGACCAUUUGACAGAUCGAGAAUCGAGCCGGGGCUGAAGAAACCGAGAUUAGCUGAAGAUCCUGCUAUGAAUCGUACGCUGAAUGUACGGAGUGUUGUUCAGCAACGGCCGAUGGCUUCAGGCUCAGUAGGCUCAAGAUUUCGAGCUAGCGAGAGGGGAGGAGGAGACUCAGAGAGUAGUGACUCAGUUCGUGGAUCUUAUCCACAACAACAGCAGCAACAGAAUCAUCAGGAGCUGGUCAGUCAGUAUAAGACGGCUUUGGCUGAGCUGACCUUCAAUUCGAAGCCAAUAAUCACCAACUUGACUAUCAUUGCCGGCGAGAGUAUACCAGCUGCCAAGGCUAUUGCAGCCACGAUCUGUGCCAACAUUAUUGAGGUUCCCAGUGAUCAAAAGUUGCCAUCUCUCUAUCUUUUGGACAGUAUUGUGAAGAAUAUUGGGAGGGAUUAUAUUAAGUAUUUUGCUACCAGGCUACCAGAGGUUUUUUGCAAGGUGUACAGACAGGUUGAUCCAUCAAUACAUUCUGGCAUGCGGCAUCUUUUUGGAACAUGGAAAGGGGUGUUCCCUCCACAAACACUUCAAUUAAUUGAGAAGGAGCUUGGAUUUACAACUGGGGUCAAUGGUUCAUCUUCAGGAACAACUUCUAGAAAUGAAUCACAGACUCCACGUCCUGCACGUAGUAUUCAUGUCAAUCCCAAGUAUUUGGAGGCUAGGCAGAGCCUGCAGCAGCCAGCUAGGGCAAAGGGAAAUGCUGGUGGCAUUAGUGCAACACUUGUAAGCUCAUCUGAGGAUGUAGAGAGACUGGAGAGAACAGCUAGUGUUAGUUCUGGUCCUCCGGGAAGAUCAUGGGUGGAUCCUUCUAUCAAGAAUAUUCACCGUGUUCAGAAAGGUCAAUUGAAUGAACCGGUAGCCGAGAAAACCUUAAGUGUUGAGAAAACUGUAAAUGUGGCAUAUGCAGAUUCUGAAUAUGGUUCUGAGAUAUCAAGGCGCCCAGGAAUGCAUGGAGGAAUAACUAGUGAAAAGUAUAAGAAACAAGGACUUGACAAACCAUGGUAUGAUUCUGAGAGCAUUGCCACAGGUACAAUCUCCAGCAAAAGGAAUGGUUAUGAUCUUAAGCAUGGACUUCAAAAUUACCCCUCCCACAAAUCUUCAAGUUCUGAAGCAUAUCUACAUGCAACACAAGAUUCUAUCAAUAGAAAUAGCACUGAGUUGAAUAGGAGCUGGAAGCAUUCUGAGGAAGAAGAAUAUGCAUGGGAUGAUAUCCAUUCGAGAUUGCCCAAUCAUGCUUUAGCCAAAAUCACGGUGAAAGAUCAUUGUACUCCUGAUGGUUCUGAAAGAAUGGAUAUAGAGACCCAGCUGCGGAGAUUGCAAAGUGAAAGGGAUGUUGGGUCAAGCUUCAACCCUGAUGCUUCCGCUGCUUCUAUUUCAAUAGUGAACAAAGGCCAAGCAGCAUUUGGACGUGAGGGAUCAUCACUGUGGGCAAGAGAGCUGCAUUCAUUAGAUGGAGUAACUGCUCCAGUGUCUGCUAGAGAUUUUUCAAGUCACUCUGAAGACUAUUGCAAUUCUUUCAGUGGGUUGUCAAAUGCUGGGAAUUCAAUUGCUAAGACAUCUUGUAAGCCACAAACAGGAUCAGUUUCUAUUGGAACAGCAAGAUUUGGACUAUCAUCAAAUGCAGCUGUAGAAAAGGAGUCUCGCAGUGCUGCAUCUCCCUCUGCACAGUCACCAAUGCACCAGCUUCCGCCCUCACCAUCUAAUCAAGUAGCUUUCAAUGUAGCAGAGCGAGACCAAGCCGAGGCUACACUCCGUCCAGAUCCAAGAACUUCUCAAUUUCCUAGGAGGUCGAAUUUAGACCCCCGUCAAAGGUUUUAUCAGGAUUCUCAGCCAACACUCUCUAAUAAUGCCCAUUUGGGUAGUUCACCAAGAACAAAUCCCCAAAGCUUAUCAGAUUCUUCUCAAGGAAGGGAUCACACUCCCUUUGCUAAGCAGCAGCUAGAACCAAAAUGUGAGGUGGCUGAAUAUUUGGAUCAAGCUAAGGAACUACCAAUUUCUCAAAUACCAGGUGUUACUGAGCCAUCAUUGCCUGUCAGUUCAUCGUCUAGCCCUUCAAUUAUUCUAGGUGCAGAAUCCCCCUUGCAAGCAACUACUAGCAGUUUGUUAGCUGCUGUCAUGAACAGUGGCAUAUUGGGCACUAAUUCUGUAAUUGACAGCUUGCCUAGAUUGAAUUCUCAGGAUGCAGGGUCUUUGUCAUCUCAAUCAGUUAAACUAACUAUAGCUUCUACUAAGAGCAAACCAGCCACUGUCGUAAGUGAGCCUUCACAGAGGAAUGCAUCAGUUCUCACUACAUAUUCCCAGGGAAACCUGGAAAAGCCACCAUUGCCACCUGGCCGAUAUCCUUCUUUUUUGGCUAGUUCAUCCAUGUCUUCUUCAAAUGUGGCGAGUGCUGGCUCUAAUCCAGUGUCAAGCCUUCUGAGUACAUUGGUUGAAAAGGGAUUGAUAACUGCAUCAAAAGAAGAGUCCCCAACUUCUUUUGAGUCACAUGUACCUCCUCAAACUUUGAACCAGAGUCUUUCAAGUGUAAAUACUAGUACAGAAACAGCUUUGCCAUUUCCAGUCUCCUCAGAAAACCCUUCAUUGUCUAUGGAGGACAGCCAAGCUCUUGCAAAACCUGCUGCUAAAGCUUCUGAUGGUUUGCAGCAGUCUGUUGCAAGAGAUAUUAAAAAUCUAAUUGGUUUUGUGUUUAAGCCAGAUGUAAUUAGACAGCCACAUCCAGUUGUGAUCAGUGAACUUUUAGAUGAUCUACAACAUCAGUGUGGUAUAUGUGGUUUUAAACUUAAGCUCAAGGAGCAACUUGAUAGACAUAGAGAAUGGCAUGCAUCCAAAAUUCCAGAUAUGAAAAUGUUGAAUAAGUCUUCCAGGAAGUGGUAUGCAAAUUCAAAUGAAUGGAAUGUUGGAAAUGCUAGCUUUGAAGAGGAGCCUGUCGAAAAAUUGGAAUGUACUGUGCAGAUGGUUCCAGCUGAUGAAAGUCAGUGUUUAUGUGUCUUGUGUGGCCAGCUUUUUGAGGAUGUUUUCAGUGAUGAAAUGGAUCAGUGGAUGUUCAAAGGUGCUGUUUAUGUCAGUACUCAAUCUUUGGGCGACAAGAGUGGAAGAACUAACGUGAGUCCUGCUCAGGGUCCUCUAGUCCACAAAAACUGCAUUACAGAAAGUUCUGUUUAUGAUCUGGGGCUGGUUCAGGAUAUUAAACAGCAUGCCACACAAGGAGUGCAUGAAGCUGUGUCUGGGGUUCAUUAUAUUUUGUGCAUCUUUUGAUAGGUUUAAUGGGGAUGAGAGAUAUCAGUUCAAAGUUGGAGCAUGUUGUUGGAAGAAGAUAAUAUCUGAGGCUUGAAUGCAGAAUUCUGGAAUCUGGGCACUGCAAAUUUCAGGGACUCCCCAGUUUACAUUAUGUCUUCUGUCAUGGAAUGGAAGAUCUGGUUCUUAGGCGAUCAUCGGCUUUUGUUCCGUAUCAAAUCGAGAAGAGGGAAGUAUUAGGCAGUGCAAAGCUUAUAUCGCAUCUGUAGUUUUUCUUUCUCCUGUUAUUUUACAUCAACCCAAAGUGGAAUUUUGGCUGCAUUUCAACUAUAGCUGCUCUGCAGACCCCAUCCCAUGUAACCCAAAAAAGAGAGCAAGUUAAAAGAGUUUUGGUAAUUAUUGGUUAAACAAUAUGAUGACUCUCAUUAGUUUUGCUUGCUGGUGACUUAUUUCUUAGUGAUGCUACAGUUUAUUUU